UCCUCACUUCAACGAUGAGAAAAAAUAUCGCUUGAAUUUCAAUGGGUAAUUUUUGGAAACGGACACACUCGGAAUAUCCUUGUAUAUUGUAGAAUUUGAGUUACCCGGUUCUAAAUUCUGAAGUGAAACAGUGAAAUUAGUGUAUUUAAUUGAUUAUCAGAACUUGAUUGAAUUACCACCAAGAUUAAGGAUGGGUGACGAUAUGCCAACUUUUAAAUGCGUCUUGGUCGGCGACGGAGGUACCGGCAAAACAACUUUCGUCAAAAGACAUUUAACGGGUGAAUUCGAGAAACGAUAUGUGGCCACUUUAGGUGUAGAAGUGCAUCCGUUAGUAUUUCAUACAAAUCGUGGAGCGAUCCGUUUCAAUGUUUGGGAUACUGCUGGACAAGAAAAAUUCGGAGGACUUCGAGAUGGAUAUUAUAUUCAAGGUCAAUGUGCUAUCAUAAUGUUCGAUGUGACCAGUCGAGUAACUUACAAAAAUGUUCCUAACUGGCAUCGAGAUCUUGUUCGUGUCUGCGAAAAUAUUCCGAUUGUAUUGUGUGGCAACAAAGUUGACAUCAAAGAUCGCAAAGUGAAAGCUAAAACAAUUGUAUUUCAUAGGAAAAAGAAUUUACAAUAUUACGAUAUCAGUGCCAAGUCGAAUUACAACUUUGAAAAACCGUUUUUGUGGUUAGCGCGGAAAUUAAUAGGCGAUCCGAAUUUGGAAUUCGUCGCCAUGCCAGCCUUAGUCCCUCCGGAAAUCACUAUGGACCCUACCUGGCAGACACAGAUUGAAAAAGAUUUAAAAGAAGCGCAAGAUACAGCUUUGCCCGAAGACGACGAGGAUUUGUGAUGAAAUGCUUUUUCGUCGGGUUAAUAAACAAUUUUGUUUUAAUUUUUUAAAUAAGCUUUUUUUAUUUUACUUAUGAAGGGAAUUCCCGCUAAUGAUUUGUGUAUUCUAUUUUAUAACUGUUUCGAAUAAGGCUUUUCAUAAUUUAUGUACUAUCUGUAUUCACUCUGUUCUAUCAAGUUGAACGAGAUAAAACUUAUAAAACGAAUAAAAUCCGUUCUAAAUACAUUCCUGAAUUUUUUGGCGAAAAAGGUACCAAUUAUAUUUUGUAAUGAAGGUGAUUUUCAAAGAAUUCCGUAUUUCAGAACGACAUUUGAAACUUGCCUGUUUUGUUCACUACGAUGUGUUGUCCUUCAAAAAUGUUUCGAGAUCUUAAAAUCGUUUAUUCGGAUAUUCACGUAACUUCUCUGUAUAUAUUACUUUUGUCUGUUAUACUUUGUAUUACUAUUUAAUAAAUAUGAAAUAUACAUAUUCUUCGUCUUCAAAAUUAGUGAUAGCGUAUUUUUAUUACAGUUACUUAUGUAAAUUCAUUUAUUGCAGUUGAAUUUAAUGUGAGAUUUGAGACUUGAGUACUUUCGGUGUUUUGAACUAAGUAUUUUCAUUAUGUUAUUUAAUAGUAUGCUUCGAGGUCGUAAAACAUACCUUUGAACUCUUUAAUGGUUUAAUAUUGAAAUAUAUUCAGUUUUUUAUGUAA